CCUAAAACAUUUUUUCAUAGAAUAAUGCCACUGGAAAUGAUCCAGUUUUCUUCAUCAGAAUGAGAAUUUGAAUUUGAUCAGUAUGGCACAUAUGGGUGGUGGUAAACAGACCACCCCUCACCCUCUGGACCUGCCCAUCCGAGGAAAGAUCCCUGUUAUCUCUGGGGUCUCCAAUGUCUACCACACAACCCGGCUCUGUGAGAGGUUGUUCCAGCCGAAGAGUGACUUUGACCUGACGGACCCCAACGGCUACCUGUUGAGCUCUGGGUACAGCAGCCUCCAUGACCCCAACCUCAGGAAGUACCUCCAUCGCAAAGACAUCCAUCAACGCCUCCUUAACCUGGGCUUCAUCACCAAGGAUGAGAAAAUUAUCUGUUCAGUCAAAGAGUUGAACCGCUAUAGAGAUCACCUGGUGGAUGUGGAGUUGGACUGGGGUCGCAGAUUCAGGACUGAACAGAAAGAGUCGGUGCGUAAGUUCCUGACCCUCCAGCAGCAGGGUCAGAUCCCUGAACAUGUGACUCUGUCUGAUGUCACAGAGUGGUUACUGCACAGGGGAAGGAGCCUCUUUAUCAAGAGACAGCAGUCCAACAGGGCCAGAAGGUUCCCUUCCAACUAUGUGCUGGAGGAGGACUGUUCUCUUGCGAGACUGCCCAGUAUCGCUAUGAGGGGCAACAUGGUAGAUCUAGACUGCUGCUCUAGCUUCACCUGCAGGUCGGAACUGUUGUGGAAUGCCAAGGGUCGUGCGUUACUGCAGGAGGUCACCAAGGAGGUGAAGAGAGAGAUGAGGCUGGAGCAACGCUGGGUCACAAACCAGCAGGAAAAAGAGAAAAUGAAACGAGAGAGACAACAGAAGAGACUGUGUCUCAAAGGCCAGAAGAAAGAGAGGCAUUCCCCAACCAAGACAGAUUCACAAGACAACCCGGAGAGCAUGGAAAACAUCCUGAUAUCAGUAUCGGAUCCUGACAACAACCAAGUCGACCUGGAUGGCUCCACUAGAACGAGCCCCUCUGAUCAUCAACCCUCACCUUCUCCAGUGGAACAUAAUUGUGACUUAAGGAGAAAACUCUUGGCUCUGUGUCAAAACAUGGUUGAAGCAGUGAAUCAGAAAUCCAUCAUCUCUGCCCACAACCUCUGUGCUGAGGGCCCAGGGCUGGUUGACUCGGUCUCCUGCACCUUGGCGACCUGUGGCAGUCUGAUUGGACAAGCUGGCUCCCUUCAUUCCAUCACCCAGCAACUGUCUGAAAUAGAACAGAGGCUAAAGGAGGAGCAUUUCAAAGGAACUAUCCACACUGAGGAGCUACACACUAUCAUGUGCAGUGUGGUGGUGACCGUAGUGGAGGAGGUCAACGGGAUCCUCAUCCCAGCCAUCAUGGCCUUCGAGUAUGAGCGCCUAACAGGCUCCAUCAGCACCAGUGACAUACCCAGCAGCGACGUACCCAGUGAUGUACCCAUCUACAGCAGCCCCUCCUCCUCUGACUACUACCAGACAUCCUCCUUCAGCACCAGCCUGCAGUCCUCCUCCCCUCAGAUAGGGCUGUUCAGCAAUACACCUACACCUCCCAUCAUGCCGUUCAAACCUACUACCGGUGUCAUCAGACAGGAGACAUUGACCGUGAACUUUCCUGAAGAGGCUGAUCGAGAGUCUGCGAGAGAAACUGAGAGAGAGGCCUCAGUGGACCUGGCUGCCUCCAGUAGCCCAAGCCCUUCUGUAAACCAAUCCUCGCCUUUAGAGACAAGUCCUCUGUGCUUGGGGUCUUCAGGAACCCGUUUGGAAUCUUCUGGAACCAGUCUGGGGUCUUUAGGAACCAACCUGCUGGUGAAGGUUGAGGCCAUUAUUCAGGAGGUGAUAAGGGGAGCCGUGGAUAAACUAGAGGCCGAGGGGUACAACAGGCACAUAAGAAGGGUGAGAAACAUGAGUCCUGAGGAAAAAGCUGAGAGGGUCUCCAAGAGUAUUGAGGCUGCAUCAAGAGAUAGUAGUGGUGAGAGGAGAGUCAGGGGAGUAGAGACUGUUGCAGAUAGAGUGGCUAAGACAGAAGUUCCAGAAGGGUUGACUAUUGCAGACACAACAGCCAAGACUGAACUUCUGACUAUUGAAGAUACAAUGGCAAAACUGGAGAUAAAGAAAGUAGAGAUUAUUGCUGAUGUGAUACCCAAGACUGCAAGUAAGGAGGUGGCCACUGUUGUGGACGCGAUGGAAAAGGUGGAGGCUAAGGAAGAGGAUACUCUUGCAGAUGUGAUGGCCAGGACUGAAGUUACAGAGGUGCCAACUAUUGCAGGUACAACAGCCAAGAAUGAAGUUCAGGAAGUGGAGACUAUUGCAGAUGUGAUGGUCAAGACUGAAGUCAAGGAAGUAGUUGAGAUUAACAAGAGGGACACCCAAGAGGCAAAGGUAGAGGCUAGUUUUGAGACAGAGGUCAAGCUGACUGAAGGGUUGGACAUUGACACUAAAACGGAAGAAGAAGCCAAUACUGAGAUGAACAAAGACGAACAAGACAAUACCAUUUCAGAGAAUAACAGCAGGCGCUAUGAGCUUAUUCUAACAGCUAGAACAGAAGUCAGAGAUGAGAAAAUAGAAUCCAAGAUAGAACUCAGGGAUGAGAAUAUUGAUGCAAAGAAUGAAACUAUGGAUGCAAAGGAUUCUGUAGAGAAUGCACAUGCUGAGAAGAGUGAACACAGCCAUGGAAGCCCUGAGCUAUCUCAGUCAUCAUCAGACAAUCAUGAAGAUGGUCCUUCGAUGUUCCCCAUGAUCAGCAUGUUGAAGAGCGCUGCCCUGUCCUCGGACCAGGUUGAUGAGAUCCUAGACAAGGUGAUCGAUGUCCUGACUGGGGAGGGCCACGAGGUCAUCUUCUCAGAGGACAGGCCAAGUAUCACCUCCAGCCCAGAGUACAGGCCAAGUAUGACCUCAAGCCCAGACUCCACGGUGUGUAUUGCCUCAAGCCCAGAAUCCAGACCAGGUCUUACCUCUAGUCCAGUGGACAGAACAAGCAGUUCCUCCAUCCCUGAGGAUAGACCAAGCAGUUAUUCUGCCACCCCAGGGUCCAGCCCCAGCAGUGAGUCCCUGUGCUGCGUGUCCGGCGGCCAGGAUCAGGAGAUUAAUGUCCAACGCCCAUCUGACCCACCUGGUAAGCUCCUAGGAGGCCAGGCCAGCACCCUGAGGUCUCUCAGCCCACUGCUGCUCAAUGAAAAGGAUCUGUCAGACAGGGAGAUAAUGCCCUAUGCCAACAGCAUUAUCAACAUUAUCAUGCAGAAGAUGCACCAUGACGAUGAUCUUUACGAGUCUGUGGGUGGCCAGAAACCAUUGUCCCCAAGAAAGCGAUCACACCCAGCUCCUCUGUCACAAUACUCUCCUCAGCACAACUCCGAGAUCCCUGUGCUUUACAUCCCCAAGAGGGCUGAUCUGAAAUCAUUGAAGUCAGUUGAUCCGAAGGCCCUGAGAGUAGUCCGGUGGGUGUUGCAGACCAUCCAGAGACGCCAUGGGUGGCUGGGUCAGGCUAACGACCACAGCAGACAGGCCAAAGAGAGCCGGCUGCUCUGUGAUGUCAUACAGGUCCUGCUUGAGAAGCUCGACCACAAGAUGCUCACUACUGGAGAUCUACAGGUGGCACCUAGCCAAACAUAUGUGCACCAUACUGACGACUGCUUCAAGACGAAGUUGCAGGAGGCUACAGUGGAACCCAUCAGCGAUAUCAUCGAACAUCUGUCCACCAACCUGCUGAGGUCUGAGUCUUGCUUCGUGCCCAAGAAAAGAUGGUCAUCGUCAAGCACCCUGGCUAAGAGUAUCUCAUUGACCAACCUGGGGAGCCGAGCUGUGGCUUCGGCUGUGGCCAUGGACAUCAGCUCCAAUGUGGUUGAGAAGCUCAAGGAGGCCUCAGGUAGCAGCAAGUCCACUUGCUCGAUUACUAGCCUUCGGGACUUUGUCAGAGCCAUGACCGUCAGCCAUCCAGAGCUCAGCCAGCAGGCCACCUCACAUGGGUCAAACAUUUACAAAGUCUACAUGGAGGUUCUGGAGAUGGUUGUGACCAAGCUGAGGAGUUUCGUCACCAAAGGGGGAUCAUUUCACAAGCCCAGAGUGCACUUGGCGCAGAAGAUGGCGGAGAGCUGCCUCGAGGUAGAAUGUGCUUUCAUGGAGAUUCUGCAGACGCUUAAGAGUCACGGAACAGGCGACGAGGCAUGCAGCACCUGGGCAGUUGACCGCAUGUCCACGACUAUCUCUGACACCAUGUUUAAACGUGUGACUGAGUGCCAUCCUCCUCAGGUGAACACCAAGCCUCCCCAGCAGGGGUCUACUGCUCCAGUCAAAGGCUGUCUCAACACUCCGUCAUUGUCCGCCAAGUCAUCAAAGAAUGUCAAGACAGAGAAACAACAACAUAUCUCCACCAUCACCAUCAGAUCACCCACUAUGGAGACCAGGGUGCAACCUUCCCAUUCCAUCAGCAUGAAUGUAACCCCACAGAAGAUGGCCAAGGAUGUGCUUCCUCCUAAAAGCUGUGAGCCGCGGGAUGUUGCCAUGUUGUCAGGCCUAGUAAGCAUGGCAAACCUAGUUGAUAGAGUGCCUCACAAUCUCACUCAAGUCUCUGGGGCAACGGUCCCAAACUGUGGUCCAAUCAGAAUCAGUGAUGUUAACCAGCAGCGCCCUAUCAAGAUCAAGGCUAGAAUGUCCAGGUCCUCCGUGAACCUCCUAAAAACCACUGUGGAAAAGUUUGUGCAUAAACUGACGGGUGAGCGGGUGUCUCUCCCAGAACUAGGAGAAGGAAUGUCUACUUCUACCAGUCCCCAGCAGUGGGCGAUGUCUCCCAGUCCUCAGCCAGGAAAGGAUCCUGAGAACCAGUGUAGGCCACUGAGUGUUCAGAGGAGAUUCACUACUGAGUCUCCCUCCGAGCUCUCGCCACGGAGCAAACUGAAACGGGACGAGCUGAUUGGUAUGCUGUGUACAUUGAUGACCAAUUGCAUCAUUAGCUCCUUGUCUCUGGAUAGUGCUUUUCAGAUUCCAGUUGACACAGUCUCAGAUACAAAGGAAAGCAGAGCUUCUGCUGUGAAGUUGGGUAUGAAUACCAGAACACUGGUGCCAACCCCCCCUCCUCGCCCCACCCUCACUAACAGCCAGAGGGAUAAGAAGCCUGUCCAAGAGGACAGCAGGAGGAGAAUCCGACCUCUUCGUACUCUUCAGGCUGCCAAGAGGGUGGUCAGCUCCAUGGACUUGGACAUUUCCAGGACCAGUAGUAGAAGCAGUGGGAUGGUGGCUCAGCUGACUUGUCCAGUCAAGAGCAACAACAGUCUCUUCAGCGAGCCUCCAAGCACCUCUGCAGCCAUCUCAAACACAUCCCUAGCAGCCUCUGAGAUCACUGAGAAUUUGGUGUGUAAGCUCCUCCAGGGGGAUUCUCCAGACUUCAUGUCAUCCAGCAACCACACCAGCCCAAGCCCCAGAGGAACAGCAGUGAAAACAUUCAACUAAUGGAACUGCAGAAACAUCGUUUU